UGCACAUCACAAGACUUGGAGGAAACCACUCACCCUCCUAUUUCCUUCUACAAGGCUGAAAAAGCUGCAAUUGGGAGGGACCCUCAGCUAGCUCUGGUGGUCCAUUCUGUUCCUUUUGGAGUUGACAUUUGAAUGUGUUGGAGGAAAAAAAUAAUCAUCAUAUAUUCUCCUUUCAUACUCUAAAUCACAGGAAAAAGCAGCUUUAAGAAAAAGACUGAACCACAAUGACAACGGCUCAAUUUGAUUGUCAAUACUGCACAGCAUCACUUCUUGGGAAGAAGUAUGUACUAAAGAAUGACAAUCCAUAUUGUGUUUCAUGUUACGAUCGUAUCUUUUCCAACUAUUGUGAGGAGUGCAAAGAACCAAUCGAAUCAGAUUCCAAGGAUCUUUGUUACAAAGGCCGACACUGGCAUGAAGGAUGCUUCAAUUGCGCCAAAUGCAAUCACUCUUUGGUGGAAAAGCCUUUUGCCGCCAAGGAUGAGCGCCUGCUGUGCUCAGAGUGCUACUCUAACGAGUGCUCCUCCAAGUGCUUCCACUGCAAGAAGACCAUCAUGCCAGGUUCUUAUUUGGCGGGGGACAGGUUCCCGCAAAAUGGAAUUCAAGGGAAACUACUGGCAUGAAACCUGCUUUGUGUGUGAGCAUUGCCGACAGCCAAUAGGAACUAAACCUCUGAUUUCCAAAGAGAGCGGCAAUUAUUGUGUGCCAUGUUUUGAGAAGGAGUUUGCUCACUACUGCAGCUUUUGUAAGAAGGUGAUAACUUCAGGUGGGAUAACGUUCCGUGACCAGCCGUGGCAUAAAGAGUGUUUUCUGUGCAGUGGCUGUAGGAAAGAGCUCUGUGAAGAGGAGUUUAUGUCCAGAGAUGAUUAUCCAUUCUGUUUGGACUGCUACAACCAUCUUUAUGCCAAAAAGUGUGCAGCCUGCACCAAACCCAUUACUGGUCUCAGAGGUGCCAAGUUUAUCUGCUUUCAAGACCGCCAGUGGCACAGCGAAUGCUUUAACUGUGGAAAGUGCUCGGUCUCCUUGGUGGGGGAAGGCUUCCUGACCCAGAACAAGGAAAUCUUCUGCCGCAAAUGUGGCUCUGGAUUGGACACUGACAUCUAGAGGGAGACUCUUUCCUCACUUGAAAUCCGCCUUUUUUUUGUUCUCACUAAAUCCAGAACUUGCUUGAAGUAGUAUUUCUGACUUAUGUUUUAGCAAAUAUUAGCAUAGAGUUUAUAGCGGGAGGAUUUUUGCGUACAUUCUGAUUGAACUGUAUCAUAGGAGCUCAGAAAAAGCACAAACAGGAAUGAAUACAGCCUAACUCACAAAGGCACCUCUCCUUGCAAAAUACUGCACUCUGCUGUUAAAAACAUAGGAAAAUAUCUCCUUAUUAUAAUCAAACAUCUGACCUAUACCUAGAAGUCACGGAUGUUAUUACUGAAGACUGUUUUUCAGAACUGCAGAGUAAAAAAGGAAAUUAAAAGAUUAAGUUGACAGGUACACGUGAAGCUAAUGUUUGCAUUCCUAGCUAGCUAGUUAUAUAUAAUGUGAUAGAUUGGCUAUUCAUGGUAGAACAACAAAACUGAUCAGGGAAAACUGAGUAGUAAUCAUCCUAUUUGAGAAUUCUGUCACUUUAUCAUUCUUUUAUUCACACAUACUGACUUUGGAGUUGCAACACAAAGCUGCAAUUUGCCCUCAUCCAUACUGCUUCCACAGCUGGUUGGUUCCAUGUUUAACAAAUGGAAAUGAGAAUUUGGACACUAUGGCUCUCAUACUCUGCAUGGGUAUAAAGGGGUCCUCUCUACCUAGGGAUAGUAAAAGCCCAGGUUUCAACACAUGUUGUGUCAAGUGCAUUUUCAAAGCCCAGAAUGAUUUUUCUAAAUACUUACAAAUUCCAUGAAAGAGAAGUCUGUUCUUUCAAAUGAGCUAACCAGGGUAAUCAUUGUCCCCAAAGGCGAACCUUUAAAGUAAAUAGAUCAUUAAGUCAUCACUUGUGGAAAUGAGUUUUAGGGAAGGGAUUGAGCGAUGGAACAUGACUUUCAUCCAGAUAUCUAAAGGCAUAAUAGAAUGCAUAAUUAGCUCUGAGCUUCACGCAUUUUGCCUUCUAAAAUUACACAGAUGAUUAAUGGGAAGACAUAAAAGUGGGCUUUAAUGAAAUCUAGUAAUAAUAAGAAGUGAGAAAGAAUAAUUCACUGCUGAUAAUUCAGGACCUGCAAAGCAGUACGACAGAGCAAUGUGGGCUGUAGACGAGUCGUCCCCACUGUUGCUCACACCUAUGCCACCCACCUCACCUCAUGCCAACCGUGUCCCAAGAGUUCCAAUCUCCGGCAUGGCCCAGAGCUGCAUUCCCAACCCUGAGCAGCCAUUCUACAAAUAAGUCAGUGUUUAUUGGUCACAAGAGAAGUAACAGCCUUAGUGAAAAGUCUAUCACCAUAUGCAUUCCUUUCUACCAGAUAUCAAUUGAUAAUGGCCCUACCUAGCUGCUUCUGGGCAAUAUUUUCCACAUUAUGAGGGACAAAUGGAAGCAACCUCUUUGCUCCAUCGUCAGUUAUUGUCCUUGUUAUAGUGUCACAUAGCUGGAGUAGAGGGAGGUCAGGAGAAGAAACCCACACAGACAUAACAUUUUUAUAAGUGUCUUCUCUCAAAAAACCAUAUAGCAUUAAAGGUUCUGAUUGAAAUCUAAUUAUAUGAUGUAGCUGAUUACAAUGAUUAAAAUAGUAUCACAGGAGAUGCAAUUAAAAUUGUUAUGGAAACACAAUUUUUGAAAUAGUUCAAAAAGCAAGGACAUUUGGAGAUGCCAACAAUUUAGAGCUGCUAAUAAAAGGGCAGGUUACAAAAGCUAUUUGAAAGAUAUAACUGGUUUUUUGUUUGUUUGUUUGUAGUAACAACGCCAAAAUAAUUUUUCACAUUCACAGCAUAAAAUGUAGGUAAAACUACCAAUGUUUUUCCUGCAUUGUUUGAAAUUGCACAUAUAGAACUAAAUACACCAAUUGUUCUAUGAUCCAGAACAUGAUAGUGCAUUCUAUAUUUAGAAAACCAAGCCCUUCUAGGUCUGGAUAAAUAUACAAUAUGUAACACUGUCUCAGUUAACCAAUUAUAAGAAAAUGUGCAAAGUGUAAUGUUUUCUGAGUUAAACAAUUAAUAAUAUUUAAGCAUUUUGCCUUGUGUAUGGAGUGAGUAUGCCCAGGAUUAAGCCUGCAUUCUAUCUGUACAAUUAAAAUUCACAGAAUCAUUUCUGAGAUAGAGAUUCUGUUAUCCUUUGAUACGUAAACUUAACUAUAUAUAUUUUCACAUAUAAAUAAUGCUAUAUUUAGAAUAUAGCUUCAUUAUCAGGUAUGUUUUGUACCGUGCACAGAGUUAGAGUUCAAACUGUUGUGGUUCUGGGGUGGUGGGAGAUCAGGGUAUAGAAAUGUGAGAUUGCCAAAUACAGAGAUCUUCCCUACAUCUGAUAAACAGUGCCACUGUGGACGUAAUACACAGAUGCAAAACAACGAAGAACACCUCAUUAGACUGCCAUACACACACAGAUCCAAGUAGAAAUCCGGCACUAUAUCCUAUAAUUGAUUUGGGGUCAGUUAAGAGAAAAGCUCUCUAGUUGACCUAUCCAAAGAUGGAAUAGACUGCCUCAGGGAGCAGCGGGCACCCAAUGAUUCACGGAGUGACAUCUGCACAGGCAGGAAAGCAGUUAGAAGCCAAUCCUGUAUGCUAAUAACAGCCAGACAGCUUGGAGGUAGCAGAGAGACUGUGCCAAAGAGCAAGAAGAAAUGAGAUAGCUAAAGAGAAAAGGUAAGAGGAAGACAGAAUAGUAACUCUGAGGACAGAAGCUUUCUAUCUGAUAUAACAGGCACUAGAAAGUUACUAACUGCUCUUAAAUCGAGGAGAAAAGCAUUAUGCCUGUGUUUGUGGAGCAUUACGCUAAUGAUUCUGUAUGGCCUAGAACUGAAGAGGGCAGGAUUUCAAAGGCUAAGUCUCUUAAUGCAGUAACACGUUUGGUGAGUGGCUACAGAAAAGAAUGAAGGAGAAAUGGGUAAUGCAGGCCAAGAGCUAUCAAUGAGAAUACAAGUCAACAAAUCAAAGUAUUUUAUGUUAUCAUGUUAGCAUUAAAUAUGACAAAGAAAAAUGCAGAAAAGUAUUUCUGUUUCCAUAGUAACAGAUAGGGUGCCCAAUACAUCGGGAUGAAAGACUGUCCAACCACUGUGAAAAUGCAUAAUGCUGUCACAAAUGGUGUUGGUUAAAAAUUGUUGCGAAAUAUAGAACCACAAACAAAAAAUCAACCUAAAAACAUAUGCCUGAUGUUAGUAACACCAUUUUUGAAUUUAAGAAAAAAGGUGUCUUUUAAUCUACUACUUGUUGAUAAUAAUUCAUAUUUUAAAUAAGAAAAUGAUUGUUACAGUAUGUUUAAGUG